AUGGGUGAACAAUCUCCGUACCUUCCUGCCGCCCAAAUACCUCUAAUCAAAUCUCCCAGUCUUCGAGUUCCGCAACCGGUCGAACUACCACCAGAUAUCCACCCAUUACCCGACUCAGUAAACCCCUAUUUCGUUUACCCAUUCACCCUCGAGCCCCACAUCGUCACCCUCGAAUCCUCUCGGCGCACGACUUUGGCCGCUCACACCGCCCGUCGAGAAGCUUAUUUACGGUCCCGCGAUGAGGAGAAAGAGCGGCGGAAGCGCGAUGCCCUCCGACGCAUCGCUCCCGGCUUCGAGCCUCACGGGAGCCUUCUACAACCAACGAAGAGCGCACCAAGCCACACGGGGUCGCACCCGGAAGGUGCAGACCCCAAUCGAAUACACCAGCGCUCCAGAUCGGUGAUGGAUGAUCUAGUGGACCAACUGGCGGCGUUGGAAGGGACUCCCGCUAAAUCAGGGCCUUCACCUCUCUCCUAA